UCUAAAUGGGCGUCUAGGACCAGUGCGUGAUCUGUCAAAACAUUCAUUAAAUAUCGGCAGUUAUUCGCUGCAAUUCGUAAUAAUUAUUUCGCAAGUCGCAUAGUUCAAUAUCGAUCCGAAAAAAUGUCGGCGAUGUUAACCGCCGAUUGGUUUCCUCUCGGACGAGAUGUGUACUUUCGAAAAUUUGAGCUCUACCCGAUAUCCUUCCAGCACGAGAUUUCCAGCAACAAUUGGGUGGUGGCUGCUCCUUAUGGAGGUUCCAUUGCCGUCACGAGAAACCCUAAGAAGCUUGUCAAAGUUCAGGGUGCUAUCAAGCCUUUAAUAAUGUUGUACACAUCGUCGGGGAAAUUGACAGCUAAACUGCAAUGGAGCAGUGGACAACUAAUAACAUUCGGCUGGUCCCAACAAGAGGAAUUGUUGUGCGUACAAGACGAUGGCAUGGUUCUUAUAUACGACAUGUUUGGAACUUAUCAGCAUACUUUCAGCAUGGGAAAUGCAGCAAAGGAUACCAAAGUUGUUGACGCCAAGUUCUUCACAACAUCAAACAGCACUGGGAUAGCUGUCUUGACGUCCACCAAUCGUAUAUUUCUUGUGAACAACACAUCUGAGCCAAAAGUCCGACCAAUUACUGACAUGCCCAGACACGGUGGUCAAAUUGAUUGCUGGUGCAUGGUACACUGUGAUAGGGAGACCCAAGUGAUUUUGUCAAACAAGGAAGGAAUAUUUGUUAUUCAUCAAUCUCAUCAGAACACAUUUCCAUUUAGCAACCUCUUCAACAACAAGAUCAGUAAUGUGGUAGCGAUAGUUGUGUCGGCUAACAACCGACACGUUGCGCUUUAUGCCGACACUGGACACUUGUACAUCGGUUCGAUAGACUUCAAGGAGAAAUAUUGCGAGUGCUAUACAAAUAUUAAAGAACCUUUGGCAGAUAUAGCCUGGUGUGGCACAGAAGCCGUGGUGUGCAGCUGGAGCAGUACGAUAAUGGUGAUAGGACGUACAGCCGAGACUAUAGUGUACAAUUACGACGAUCCUGUGCACCUGGUCACUGAAAUCGAUGGAGUGCGCGUAUUGUCGAGCUGCUCUCACGAAAUGAUACAGAAAGUACCGCACGUCGUGCAAAGGAUAUUCGGAAUCAACUCGACUGAUCCUGCUUCCUAUCUCCUGGAGGCCUCCAAGCAGUUCCAGAAGAAGAGUCAUAAGGCUGACAGUUAUAUAGAUUUAGUUAAAGAUAAAUUAGACUCGGCGAUAAAAGCGUGCAUCGAUGGAGCGAGCCACGAAUUCGACUUUGAGACGCAAAAGAUUUUAAUGAGAGCUGCAAAGUUUGGAAAAGGAUUCAGCAAGACGAUAGACUCGGAUUAUUAUGUUCAAAUGUGCAGGACUCUGAGGGUUUUGAAUGCGGUGCGACAUCCCGCUGUGGGCAUUCCGUUAACUUAUACGCAAUUUAACGUUCUCACGAAUCAAGUGCUGCUAGACAGAUUAGUCGCGCGGAGGCACUAUUAUUUAAGCAUACAGAUAGCACGCCACUUGCAAUUGCCCGAGAUCGACGGGGAAAGUAGGAUAUUGGCGCACUGGGCGUGCUACAAGGUGAAACAGACGCAAUUAGACAAGGAGCAAAUAGCGGAGGAGAUAGCUGACAAAUUAGGAUAUGCUCCUGGUGUUUCGUACAGCGAAAUCGCGAAACGAGCGGCGGAUUGUGGUCGAAAACAGCUGGCCAUUAAAUUAAUCGACUACGAGCCACGCGCGCAUCAACAAGUGCCGUUGCUGUUGACGCUCGGCGAAGAGCGAGCCGCCCUGCUCAAAGCUGUGGACAGCGGCAACACGGAUCUGGUCUACACUGUCAUUCUUCAUCUUCGAGAGAACAUGACUCUCGGGGACUUUCAAAUGUCUAUAAUGCACUGUCCUCUAGCGAUGGCAUUAUAUAUCAAGUACUGCCAGAGCCACAACAGAGAGACAUUGCGCGAUAUUUACAAUCAGUACGACGACUUCCAUUCGCAAGCGGUUUGGUUUAUCACAGAGAGUUAUCAGCGAAAGAACACGAUGUCGAGGGACGCGUUGCUGCAAUCUGCCCAAGAAAACUUUAAACUGGCUCGGAACGACACCAACGCUUCGCUGACAGAAGAGCAGAUAAAACUCUUGAAGUAUCAGAGAUCUUUGGAAGAUACGCUGCACGAGUCAGUCGUGGGAAAGCCUCUGCACGAAACUGUGAAAGUUCUAUUAUUGCGUAACGAGUUGAAAUUAGCGGACAAAUUGCGAUCGGAAUAUAAAAUACCGGACCGGAGAUAUUGGUGGUUGAGAAUACAAUGUUUAGCAGAACAAGGUCUGUGGAGCGAUUUGGAGAAAUUUUCGAAGAGCAAAAAGUCCCCAAUUGGCUACGAGCCGUUUAUAGAUGAAUGUCUAAAAUACAAUGAAAAGUUGGAAGCUAGGAAGUAUUUAGCCAAAGUUCGAGACGACCUCAAAGUGAAAUAUCUAGUGAAAUUAACUAUGCUGAGCGAAGCGGCGCAAACAGCGUUUGAUCAAAAGGACACUUCGGCCCUCACAUUUGUGCUUGCACAGUGCGGAUCGUCGGACAAACAAUUGGUGGACAAGAUCAACAUGUAUCUAGGCGCUCUUAAAAAUUAAAGUUAUUUUUUAUUCGUUUUAUAACUUGCAUUUAUAUACAAUUCGAAGAACGUGAGCAGUUGACGUGGAAUAGCGACUUCAGAAUGAUUUUGCGGAACAAUUGGUAUUCAGAAGACCAAUCAAACGAUAAAUAUUACAUUUUGCUCAAUAGAUAUCGACUUGAUCUAAGUCUCUGCUCACGCUUGUAAUAAAAUGAUGUACAAAAAUGUGAAUGUAAAAUAUUUGUUGUAUAAAAUAGUGAUAUUUGUAACUGAAUCCUGUACACCUCUAUAAUCCCGAUUAUAUACAUAUAGUGUUAUAUUAAA